UGUGAUGUUUCAAAAAAAAAAUCGGGGCUCGCGGGAAGAAUGCCCGGGGGAGGGCGUUUGCGCCGCCCCAGAGCUGGCCGAGCCCUGGGCCGAGGUCCGGGGCGCAGGGAGCUGUCGUGGAAGGCACCACUCGUGGCCGCCGCUCGAGAGGCUCUGGACUUGGCUGGAACAUUCGGGGGAUCCGAUGGAUUCAAGGAGUCUGGAGAAUGCUGGGAACAGGACCUGCCACGAUCAGAUGGUCCCGAAGAUGAACGUGAGCAAAAAGAUCGUGAUGUUGGCCAGCCCGCUCCACGCUCUGGACAUGCCCCAGGAGGUGAAGAAAAGCUGCCCCGAGAAGCAGGGGGAGAUGGGGAACGAGAGGGUCAAGAUGACCAAGGCGCUGAAGGAGAAGCAGAGCGGCGAGCUGGACAGAGCCGGCCUUAAGAGAAGGACCGAGAGCGAGGAGAAGCCCCCCGCCCUGAAGCGGGAGCCCCGGGUCACCGAGCUGGAGAGCCAGCUGAUCGCUCUGCCUUUGCCCCACAUCCCCCUCAAGAACAUCAUGGACGUGGAGAUGAAGCUGGUCUACAUCGACGAGGAAGACGUCACGUACGAGUUCGUGGAGGCGCUGGUGUCCACCGCGGCGCCGGCCCCCUGUCCGGCGGCUGACAUCGCGGACGCUCUGAACGCGCCCCACUUCGGCUUUCUGCCCCAGAUCGACAAGUGGCUCCAGGUGGCCCUCAAGGAUGCCAGCACCUGCUACAGGCAGAAGAAGUACGCCGUGGCGGCGGGGCAGUUCAGAACCGCCCUGGAGCUUUGCAGUAAAGGAGCAGCUCUGGGAAAACCUUUUGAAGCAUCUGCUGAAGAUAUUUCAAGUGUUGCUAGUUUUAUUGAGACAAAGCUUGUCACCUGUUAUCUACGGAUGAGGAAACCUGACCUUGCUUUGAAUCAUGCUCACAGGAGCAUUGUUUUAAAUCCAGCCUAUUUCCGGAAUCAUCUUCGUCAGGCAACAGUGUUUAGAUGUCUGGAGAGAUAUUCGGAAGCGGCCCGGAGUGCCAUGAUCGCUGACUAUAUGUACUGGCUAUCAGGAGGAAGCGAACAGUAUGUCAGCAAACUCAUCAAGUUGUACUGGCAGGCAAUGAUCGAAGAAGCCCUCACCAGAGCAGAAUCCUUCUCGGUCAUGUACACGCCGUUUGCAACAAAAGUAAGGCCUGACAAAAUCGAGAAAGUGAAGGAGGUUUUCACAAAAACGCACCCCGCAUAUGUGGAGUAUAUGUACACAGACCUUCAAGGACUUCACGUGCUGCCUCAGACAGUUGACUGGUCAUCAUUCCCUCCCCAACAAUAUUUGUUGACACUUGGGUUCAAAAACAAAGAAGAUGGAAAAUUUUUGGAAAAAAUGUCAAGUAGGAAGCUGCCCACAUUUACAGAGCACAAAACCCCCUUCAGCCCACUGACCCGGGAAGACGCUGCAAGACACAUGGAGACCAUGGGGAAGAGGAUCUUACCGAUAUUGGAUGUCAUCCGAAGCACUAAAUUAAAUGGUAGUUUCCGGGCAUGCUCUGGUGUGAUCGAGAAGUUACAGUACGCCAGCCUCCUCAGCCGACUGCAGAGAGUCAAGGAGCAGUCCCAAGUGAUCAACCAAGCAAUGGCUGACCUAGCCACCAUCCCCUAUCUCCAAGACAUCAGUCAACAGGAUGCUGAGUUGCUGCAGUCGCUAAUGUCAGACGCUAUGGACACCCUUGAAGGAAGAAGGAAUGAUAAAGAACGGGUAUGGAAUAAAAUCCAGAAGGUUGGGCUAAUUGAAGACUUUCUAUACCAAUUAGAGGAUAGUUUCUUAAAAACCAAAAAACUGAGAACAGCCAGGAGGCAGAAAAUGAAAAUGAAGCGACUUCAGAGUGUACAGCAGUGUUAGUCACUGGAGGCAUGGACCCCCCUCCUUCCCACGCCCCCAACCCACCAACCACGACAUCCAGGCAGUCAAGAGUUUGACAGCUGGGACGACAAAGGCCUGCCUUCGGAUGAAUGAGGUGGCUCUUCCCUCUGGCUCAUCUUAAGCAAGGAGAUUCCACACUUCAUUAGUCUCAGCUGGCAGAAAUAAAUGUUCUCAGAAAGUUUAACUUGGUUCUUAUUCACAUCCAUCUUGUUUAUUUAAAUAGCUUAAAGAAUAACCAUGAGCAUGGUUCCUUCACCCACUGUGCCCUUUCUAAUGUAGAGUGGACUUUCCUCAAUGUGCACAUAGGGCCCUGCUAGUCCCAGAGUUCAUCAUCAAGAUUCAUUCCCAUUAGCACAAAGGAUUACCUACUUAGACCUGGAAGUGACUAAAGGCCUUUGAGUCCAUCCUCUCCUCUGCCUCCAUUUUACUGGUGAGAAAACUGAGCU